UCUGCGGUUCUGUAGUAUCAGUUGGUUAUUGGAGGGAGUUGGAGAUCGAUCUGUCGACAGGAUCCAACAGAAGAAAGUGGAAUAGAAAUGGCAAACAAGCUCAAGCUCUCCGGGGUCUGCCGUGCUGCUCAUCAUCGUUCCGGCGCUCUCCUCAUCGGCAUCCAGCUGGGGCGGGCGCUCGAGAGGAACCCGGACAGCGCCAGCGUCAGCUUCAGCUUCAGAGGAGCCCUCGCCUACCUCGCAAAGGAGCUUUGGGGUGCGAACAAUGUUUUGGGAUUGGGACGAGGGCGAGGCAGGGAUGGAAGGGUAGCGCAGGUUGAAGGGUGGCAGCCCGUUGUUCCGGCGAGCCUUGUUGGUGAUGACGAUGAAAGCUCGGAUAUGAUGAUUCAGUCAAAGCAUACCUCCUACAUCCCAUUGCCAUGGGUUGAAGGCCGAGAAAAUAGCAGUGUGCUACUCCCAAGGCCCAGCAGAGAUACCACACAAAUAAUCAUACUUCGCCUCGGGGCGUGAUCAGCGUGGGGCAGCCAUGUUACAUGCGUGAGUCCAACGCUCCUCGCCUCCGCAGCGUCACCUUGUACCAUUCCACGGCGAUCCACUCCUUGUCCUGCAACUACGACAACUCCCGAGCUGCUGCUGGUCCGUGGGGGCUCCCGCACUCCUUCGGCUCCAAAGGAAUAGUACAGUAGUUGCUAGCAAUAGCAGUGAAUCAAUCCAAGCCCUGAUCGAUUUGACCAUUGUUCCUGAAAGAACAGAGGACAUCUUGUAUUAUUCUAUUUCUAUAUCUGAGUCGAUCUUGGCGG